GCCAUGAUCGAAUCCAUCUGGACCUGUUUUUUGACAGUUGGGUUCCUUCUUCUUCUUCACGUUCUGUAAUUCACACAACAGAAGAAGGAAGAAGAAGAAGAAUCGCAUCCAAUUCUCUUCCAUUUUUAUAUUAAUUCUCUAAAACCCAUCUCAAUUCUUCACCCUCUUAUUCAAAUUCAAUUCUUCACUUCUUCACUUCUUCACUUCUUCACUUCAUCUUCUUCACUGUUUUGCUUAGCUAAGCCAUACGCUUCCUUCCCCUUUUUUCACUCAAUUCUUUAGCUGUUAAAAAAUAAAGCUAUUCUAUUACGUGACCAUUACCCCACAUGAAGCUGCUGAUACCUUUCCUCAUAAUGUGGUUUUUUAGAGCCUUCAAUCCCAUUACAAAUCACACUCUCUCACUCUCUUCUUCUCCUCCUCCUCCUCUGCUGCAUUAUUUUUUAUUCUCUCUCAAAUGAUGGAAUAACCAUCCAUUCAAGUGUUUUCCUUGGUGGAGUUUAUUGGUUUUCAAAUGGGGUUUUGCUUUAAGCUUCUUCUUCGUCGGCUCUGAUUUUUCUCUUCUUUUUUGUUUUUGUUUUUGUUUUUUUUUCGUUUAGGAGAUUUGGGGUUCGUUUGUUUGUUUUUCCCUUGCAGUGUGUUUAAGAAAUGGCACCGAGAUUGGGGUUUUUGUGUCGGUGGGGUAAAGAGAAAGACCCUCAAAAGGGAACUCCGGUGGUUGUAACAAUGGAGAAACCUAACUUCUCCGUCGUAGAGAUCGACGGUCCCGACGCUGCAUUCCGGCCGGUGGAGAAGAGUAGAGGCAAGAAUGCCAAACAGGUUACAUGGGUUCUUCUUCUAAAGGCCAAUCGAGCCGUCGGUUGCAUAACUUGGCUUCUUACUGUUCUUUGGGCAUUGUUGGGAACAAUCAAGAAGAGGCUGAUCUACAGACAAGGAGUCGCCAUUGAAGGCGGGAAGUUGGGAAGAGGGAAGUUAUUGUUUGGAGUUAUUAGAGUUUUCUUAGUAACUUCUAUUGCCAUUCUUGUUUUUGAAAUACUUGCUUAUUUCAAAGGCUGGCAUUAUUUUCAGAAUUCCAAUCUCCAUAUUCCUCAAGCUUCUGAGUUGCAAGGAUUCCUUCAUUCACUCUAUGUAGCUUGGUUAACUUUUAGAGCAGACUACAUUGCUCCCCUCAUUCAAGCACUCUCUAAAUUUUGCAUUGUUUUGUUCCUUAUUCAAUCAGUGGAUCGUAUGAUCCUUUGUUUCGGUUGCCUGUGGAUUAAGUACAAAAGAAUUGAACCCAAGAUUGAAGGGGAUCCCUUCAAGUUGGAUGAUGUGGAGGGAGCUGGGUACAAGUAUCCAAUGGUUCUUGUUCAAAUUCCCAUGUGCAACGAGCGGGAGGUUUAUGAGCAAUCUAUCUCUGCAGUCUGUCAGAUUGAUUGGCCAAGGGACCAUUUACUAAUUCAAGUUCUUGAUGAUUCUGAUGAUGAGAGCAUCCAACUGUUAAUUAAAGCAGAGGUUGCUAAAUGGAGCCAAAAGGGGGUAAAUAUAGUGUAUCGCCAUCGAUUAGUAAGAACAGGAUAUAAAGCAGGGAAUCUCAAGUCUGCAAUGAGUUGCGAUUAUGUUAGAGAUUAUGAGUUUGUAGCAAUUUUUGAUGCUGACUUUCAACCUAAUCCAGAUUUUCUUAAACUGACCGUCCCCCAUUUCAAGGAUAACCCAGAGCUUGGGUUGGUUCAGGCCAGAUGGUCUUUCGUGAACACGGACGAAAACUUGUUGACACGCCUUCAAAAUAUUAACUUGUGUUUCCACUUUGAGGUAGAACAGCAGGUUAAUGGGGUGUUCCUUAAUUUCUUCGGUUUUAAUGGCACUGCUGGUGUUUGGAGGAUUAAAGCCUUGGAGGAAUCUGGAGGAUGGCUUGAAAGAACCACAGUAGAGGAUAUGGACAUAGCUGUGAGAGCCCAUCUUAACGGCUGGAAAUUUGUAUUUCUAAACGACGUUAAGGUCCUUUGUGAAGUUCCUGAGUCCUAUGAAGCUUAUAGGAAGCAGCAACAUCGUUGGCAUUCUGGUCCUAUGCAACUCUUCAGAUUGUGUCUUCCAGCAGUCAUAAGUUCUAAGAUAUCAACAUGGAAGAAGGCAAAUUUGAUACUAUUGUUCUUUCUAUUAAGGAAGCUUAUCCUUCCAUUCUAUUCCUUCACUUUGUUCUGCAUAAUUCUUCCCCUAACCAUGUUCGUACCAGAAGCCGAGCUUCCUGUAUGGGUGAUCUGUUAUGUCCCCGUUUUCAUGUCAUUACUCAACAUUCUUCCAUCCCCAAAAUCUUUUCCUUUUAUUGUCCCCUACCUUCUUUUUGAGAACACCAUGUCCGUCACCAAAUUCAAUGCCAUGGUAUCUGGUUUAUUCCAGUUAGGUAGCUCUUAUGAGUGGAUUGUUACUAAAAAAGCUGGCAGGUCCUCCGAAUCCGACUUACUAGCUGCUGCUGAAAGGGACUCUAAGACAAUGAAUCAAGCUCUGAUCUAUAGAGGUGCUUCCGAGAGUGAGAUUUCCGAGUUGGCUCACUUGAAGGAACACAAAGAAGUAGUCUCUGCACCUGUCAAAAAAGUUAACAAGAUAUAUCGGAAAGAGCUAGCUCUCGCGUUUCUUUUACUGUUAGCCUCACUCAGGAGUCUCUUGGCUGCACAAGGAGUCCACUUCUACUUCUUGAUGUUCCAAGGUGUAACCUUCCUCCUUGUAGGCCUUGAUCUAAUUGGAGAGCAAAUGAGCUGACUUCACAAAAUUGAAUCCAAGAUCAAGAUGGAUAAACAACAUUUUCUUGUGCUAUAGCAGCAAAGUUCUGUUUGUGCAGUAUAAUUUGUUCCACCGAGGGAUUUUAACUCUCGAUGAUCAAAGAUGCUGAACCCGACCUCUGAUUCAAUAAAAAGAGACGAUAUCGAAGUCUUCUAAAGAACAUCAUCUUUUGGAUUGCCCUUCAUGUCAUACACACCAGUCACCACCUUCAUUUUUCCCUUACACACUCAUACAGCAUCUGUGAUUGUAAUCAUUCAUAAGCUGUUUCAGCAGUCUAGUGUUUAUUAUGCAAAUAAGUUCUGCUUUAUUAUUUCCACAGCCACCAUUAAUUCUUUCUUGGGUGUUGUUUUGGCCGUUCCAAGACCCCGUCGUACACAGAAACCGAACUGAACCAAACAAUCAGUUUGAAUCAAGCUACCUUUGUUGUAUGGUUUUCAGGACCUGUAAGACUUCAAACUUCUCUGUAAAUGUACUGUUUCAUCCAAUCCAAAAUCUAUCAUAUUUUUCACUACUUCAA